UCACGAGACUCGGGUAAAGGAAUGUGGUUUAGGUGGCCCUUUAAUCACCGUCCGCUAAUUUUCCGGCGAUAAAUGCCGGCCGUCCAUCACCAGUUUCGGCAACCUUCCAUCUAAUUGAAUGAGAGGCAACAUUUUUAUAUCGCCCUUCCUUUAUCCAACACCCGUUUUUCUCUCUAUUCGGCAUCUCUAUCUCUAUCCAACACCCGUUUUUCUCUCUAUUCGGCAUCUCUAUCUCUCUCCUAUGGGAUUGACUUGAUGCUAUCGAACUGGUUUUCCCGGCUAACUUUCCGGUGAUUUCGGUUUCGUGGACAGGGCCUAAAGCUUUGGUAUUUGCUCUUACUGUGUUUCUCUAUUAACUGGAAAGCUGGCCAUCGAAAAUCAAACCAGGUUUGGUCUGGUGGGUUGCAAGAGAAAGAAUGUAAUGGUAGGUCCGAUGAUAAGACCGGGAAACGAAGAGCUGUAUCCUCGCUGGUUAAAGCCUCUGUUGCAAACGAGCUUUUUCAUCCCUUGUCUGGUCCAUCACGAUGCCCACAAAAACGAAUGCAAUCUCUAUUGUCUUAACUGUAUGGGAAAUGCCCUUUGCUCCUACUGCCUUGCCCACCACAAAGACCAUCACGUUGUUCAGAUAAGGAGGUCAUCUUACCACAAUGUGAUUCGAGUGUCUGAGGUUCAAAAGGUACUCGACAUUUCAGCGGUCCAAACAUAUAUAAUAAACAGUGCGAGGAUUGUGUUUUUGAAUGAAAGGCCACAAAUAAGGGCAGGGAAAGGGGUGACCAAUACAUGUGAGAUUUGUAACAGGAGCCUUCUUGAUACCUACAGAUUCUGCUCUCUCGGUUGCAAGCUUGGUGGAAUUAAGAGAGACCCUGAACUGACUUUUGCUCUCCGGCCUAAACAACAAAGGGAAGCAGCACAGGGCUCAGAAUCAGAGGAGUCCUCAACCCCAAAGAGAAGUACUAAGAGAAACACAUUUCAGCGCUUCAUGGAUGAGAACCCAGAUUAUAUGAUGAGAUAUGGAGAGAAAUACUCGAGUUCAAGUGACGAAGCCAAUAAUUUUACCAGCUUCAUUUCACCUGCAACUCCGCCGAUCAUUAACUACAGGAAUUCAAGGAGAAAGGGCAUUCCUCACAGGGCCGCACCAUUCUAGAGAGAGGAGGAGAAAGGGGGAAUACAAUAUUGUGAAUACAGGUGGGGAGGGUUUACGGUCUGUGUAGAUGUGCAUAUACACAAAAUAAGAUGUCCUCAAUUUGAAUCUAGUGACAGGCAUGGAGAUCACCUUCAAAGCAGAGAGAAAGAUGGGGGAAGAUAGUUUUAGAGAGAGAGAGAGAGAGUAAG